GCAUAUUUAAGUGUUUUAAAAACCAGCAGCCACUUUUGUUUUGUCUUCCUUCAGAGUUCAAGCUAAAAAAUGCUUAGCAGAUUGUUAUUUUUAUUAAGUACUAUAAUACUAGGACUAGAAGCUAUACCCCCUCAGAAUGGGCCAAUAGUCCACGCGCAACAAGGUACACUGCAAGGCUCUUACUUAACUUCCCGCUAUGGAAGAAAAUUUGCAGCUUUCCAAGGAAUACCUUAUGCAGAACCACCAAUUGGAGACCUCAGGUUCAAGGAUCCUGUAACACCUAAACCAUGGGUUGGAGUUUGGAAUGCAACCCAACCUGGUGCCAUCUGUCUGCAAUGCAGAAGACUUCCACCAAGACUGUACAAUACAACCGACCCAAUUGUGGGUGAUGAAGACUGUCUCUUUCUGAACAUCUACACUCCAAAGCUUCCAAAAGAUGGAUCAAAUCCCAACCUAGACGUUCUUUUCAAUUUACAUAGUGGUGCUUUCAUGUACGGCUGGGGACAUGAAUUUGGACCAGAAAUUUUAAUGGAUAGAGACAUAAUUUGGGUCACUAUUAACUACAGACUUAAUUUUUUUGGUUUCCUCGACACCGAGGAUGAAGUUGUUCCAGGCAACAUGGGGAUGAAAGAUCAAUCAAUGGCCCUUAAAUGGAUUAAGGAUAACAUUGCAGCAUUUGGUGGAAAUCCUCACAGUAUUACUCUGACAGGAACUUCAGCAGGUGGAAGCAGCGUGCAUUAUCACUACCUAUCCCCCUGGUCUCGUGGUCUCUUCAAAGGUGGUAUAUCGCAAAGUGGGACUGUUACCCUUCACUGGGCAUUAAUGGAGGAAGGGCGCGCUAAAUCAAAUCAGUUAGGUGCACUUCUUGGCUGCAGCACAGAAAAUACUAAAACGAUGGUGGAUUGUUUGCGUCAACGUCCAGCACAACAAAUUGUGAAACAAUGUUGGAACUUCCAGAGGUGGAUGUAUAAUCCGUUUUCUCCAUUUGCCCCUACAAUAGAGAAAUCUAGUCCCAAUCCAUUCCUCAGUAAGCAUCCACUUGACUAUCUUCUGGAGGGAGAUGUUGAAGAUGUGCCAUGGAUUACAAGUGUAACAACAGAGGAUGGACUCGUGCCUGCUGGGGACUGGAUUGCAAAUGAAAAUACGUUGGAACAGCUGGUACAACAAUUUGAUGAACUUAUUCCACAUAUAAUGGACUACAAUUACACUGUUUCUAAGGAAAAUAUGAAGGAUGUCACAGACCACAUCUGUCAACAUUAUUUUCACGGUCCAGUAGACACCAAAAAGACGAAGGAACUUGUAAAGAUGAUCACUGACCGUGUGUAUCUAGCUGAUGGGGCACGAGCUGCUAAAUUACAAGCCGCUGUCAACAAAUCACCUGUCUAUUUCUAUCUAUUUGGAUACAGGGGAAAGCACAGUUUCACAGAGGUUAAUUCGGGAACAGCAAACAACUAUGGUGCAAGCCAUCUAGAUGAUACAGCCUACACCAUUGAAUAUGCUUUCAAAACUGAUGAGACUGAGGAAGACAGAGAGAUGUCCAAUUUACUCUUGGACAUCUGGAGCAGCUUUGCUGAUACUGGAAAUCCUGUUCCACCUGGAAGUAAACUGAAAUGGGAACCGACAACUCCGAACAACAAACAUCUCAAAUAUUUGUACAUCGGUGGCCCGAAGAAUCUUGAAAUGCGAUCCAGCGACAAUCUUGGGGAUUCUGACUUCUGGGACUCUCUACCAAUCAAUGAAAAACAACUUAGAGUGGAUACGUCAAUCAGUAUGAAUCACAGUGAACUUUAGGCUGAUACUUAAUAACAAUUAACGUAAUACUAAAAUUCAAGAAUAUGUGGUGGAGAUUAAUUGUGUGGUUUAUAUAAUAUGAAUAAAAAUAAUCAGUAGUAUAGUAAUAUAGCAAAACUAAUUCUGGGUAGUAUAUCACUUAAAAAUAUAUUGGAGGGACAGAACAUGACAGGUGAAAAAAUAAAGUUUUGAAAUGAUCAUGAACACCAUGACUUCACACACAUGAAAUCAAAGAGAGACGCUACUGACUGACAAGAAAAAUUCCUUAGAAGUCCAUAAUUACAGUCAAGUGAGUAUAAAAAAUUUGCAAAAAUUAUAUGCUAUACAUACAAUUACAUGACAGGAAACCAGAUACUAUAUGAUAUAUUUUAUGAGAUUUGUGGUGAAAGGUUGAUAGCAACUGAAACUCCUGAGGUUCAUAACUGUUAAAUCUUGUUUCAUGUUAAAGAAGCUAUACAUAGUCUUAUUGUGUAUUACUAAUUAGUACAGUAAAAUAUUCAUGCACAAACAAAAA